AUGGUUCAACAAUAUGAGUAUCAGUCUAAAACAUUACUAGAUAAGAAUAAGAAUGGACGAUAUGCUUAUUUGCCCAUAUUUCCAAUUAAAUCUUUCGGCAAAGAUGAAUGUCUACUUUUGGCUAAUGUACCAGUAACUUGUCUUACAUCAAAUGAAAUUGUUCGACGUCAAAAUGGAGCAUAUACAUCAGAUGCUCUGAUGUUGAUGGAAACGUACGAGUAUGGUGAUAAAUUCAGUUUAUCUAAAGAAGACGUAGAAGAACUAGCUAGACAUUUAAAAGUCAGCAAAUCAAUCAUUACUUUUAAUGCUGAUCGGUUUCGUAGCAUUUGUUGUAUUCUUCUUGCAUGGCAUGAAUUAUUUCGUCGAAAUAUUCUCUGUAUGCCUGAUAGAGCUUUACAAGAACCAACACUCAAUUCAAAACAAAUGGCUAUAGUAUUAGAAUUCUAUUUACAAAUAGAUGUGGAUCUAUUCUAUAUGAAAACAUGUUCAUUUCGUGGAGCUCAACCUCGAUCUGAUCUAGAAGGUUUAUUCUGUAGCAAAGAUGAACCACAAACAAAUUAUUCUAUGAUUCCAUGUCAGAAUCCUUCAUGUACAUGUUGUCAUCCAGUAAAUCAUGAGAAAAAAAUACAACCAUGGCCAGUUGUUAAUUUUGCUUCAAGUUCAAUGCAUCAAUUUAUUAAUGGAUAUACAACCUAUCUCAAUUGCCCAGCUACUUGUAAUACAAAAAAUAUCAUCUAUACAAUGACAUGUCCAUGUGGUCAAUAUGAUUAUGUAGAUUCAACUGCAGAAACAUUGGCUGAUGCGAUGGCAUGUAUGUAGAAAUCCUUGCGAAUAUGAUUAGGAAUAUUUUUUGGUUUUUCUUUAUCUUCUUCGUGUAUGUGAAUAUAUAGAUCAUCGAAAACAUGGCAAUCGAAUUAUACAU